UAACGUCAAAGCUAGACAGGCAGACGUAGAGGCAUUUUUUUAUAUCAUUCAUAUUUUUGUAGGUCCUAUUAGUGUUUUCUGUUUUGAAUUAGCAAUUUUGUUUUUUAUUUUUAUUAAUUUAUUUUCGAGCAGUUUUUUACUAUAAUGUACUAUUGAUAUUCUAGAUAAUAUAAAUACUUGUUCAUUAUUGUAUAAAAUUAAUUUUAAUAAAUAACUUUAAAAUGAAAGGUGCAAAGUUGUUAACGUGUGCUAACCGCUGCAUAGCAGGGAAAACACCUCAGCUACCUUUGCCUGUGCACAGCAGAUGGCUGGCCACGGAAGCGUCUCCCGCCGAAAAGCGCGGCGCGGCACGCCAGAGUGCGUCGUUCACACUAAACCUGUUCCGCGGCCGCCUGGAGACCGCGCAGGUGUUCCCCUACCCUGAACCCUUGGCCGAUGACCAGCGCCAAAUGCUGCAGGAGCUCGUGCCACCUGUAGAAAAGUUCUUCCAAGAGGUAAAUGAUCCCGCAAAGAACGACACAGAUUCGAAAAUUGAAGACAACACAGUAUCGGGGCUGUGGGACCUGGGAGCGUUCGGUCUGCAGGUGCCGGCGGAUUUCGGCGGACUCGGGCUGUCCAACACGCAGUACGCGCGCCUCGUGGAGGUGGUGGGCGCGCACGACCUGGGCGUGGGCAUCACGCUCGGUGCGCACCAGUCCAUCGGCUUCAAGGGCAUCCUGCUGUUCGGCAACCCCGAGCAGAAGGCCAAGUACCUGCCGCGAGUCACCGGCGGGGAGUACGCUGCCUUCUGUCUCACUGAGCCCUCCUCUGGCUCCGACGCUGGCUCCAUCAAGUCGCGCGCCGUGCUGUCUCCCGACGGCAAGCACUUCAUCCUCAAUGGCUCCAAAAUCUGGAUCAGCAACGGAGGCAUCGCCGAAAUCAUGACUGUCUUUGCGCAGACACCCAUCGAGAAGGAUGGAAAGACUGUUGAUAAGGUGACGGCGUUCAUCGUGGAGCGAUCCUUCGGCGGAGUGUCGUCCGGUCCGCCCGAGAACAAGAUGGGCAUCAAGUGCUCCAACACCACCGAGGUGUACUACGAGGACGUCAAGAUCCCCAUCGAGAACGUACUGGGCGGCAUCGGCAACGGGUUCAAGGUGGCCAUGAACAUCCUCAACAACGGUCGCUUCGGUAUGGCGGCCGCCCUCGCCGGCACGCAGCGCUCCGCCCUGCGCCAGGCGGCCGAGCACGCCGCCACGCGCGUACAGUUCGGGAAGAAACUCUCGGAGUUCGGCACCAUUCAGGAGAAACUGGCGCGCAUGGCCAUGCUACAGUACACCACCGAGUCCCUGGCCUACAUGGUCAGCGGCAACAUGGACACCGGAGCCACGGACUACCAUCUCGAAGCUGCCAUCUCCAAGGUCUUCGCGUCGGACUCAGCGUGGACAGUAGUGGAUGAAGCUAUCCAGAUUCUGGGUGGUAUGGGAUUCAUGAAGGCCACCGGGUUGGAGCGAGUGCUGCGUGAUCUGCGUAUCUUCCGCAUCUUCGAAGGCACCAACGACAUCCUGCGCUUGUUCGUGGCGCUGACCGGCAUCCAAUUCGCGGGCUCGCACCUGCAGGAGCUGCAGCGCGCCUUCAAGAACCCCACGGCACACUUGGGACUCAUCUUCAGCGAGGCCGGACGUCGUGCCGCGGGGGCCGUGGGCCUGGCGCGCGGGCCCGACCUAGCGCCGCACGUGGCGCCCGAGCUGCGGUCGCUGGCGUCCGAGCUGGGCCGCUGCGUCAUGGAGCACGGCCGCACCGUGGAGGCCGCGCUGGUGCGCCACGGCCGCGGCAUCGUGGACGAGCAGUUCAUCCUCAACCGCCUGGCCAGCUCCGCCAUCGACGCGUACACGGCGGCGGCCGUGAUGUCGCGCGCGUCCCGCGCCGCUCGCCUGCGCCUGGCGUCGGCGCCGCACGAGCUGAAGCUGGCGGAGGCGUGGGUGGAGGAGGCGGUGACGCGCAUGCCGGUGUCGCUGGCGGCGACGCGCGACCCGCGCUCGCAGCGCCAGUUCGCGCGGCUGGCCGAGCUGGGCGGCGCCGUGGCGGCCGCGGGCGGCCAGCCCACCCCCAACCCGCUCAAUCUGUGAUCGUGCGAUCUGAACGUCUCGGUGUUCCUUCAUUUUCCGAGUGUGACGAGUUUAGCAAGUAUUAUAUUUAGGUAAUUGUUCCAAGAUUUAAUCUCACGUUCGAUCGGCGAUUUAAUAUUUUUCGACUUUGCUAUUUUAGUACCAAAAUUAUGUGACUUUCUAAUCACUGACCCCAAAAUCAAAUAAAACAAAAUGUAAAUAACUGUACAUAGAUUAAGUCGAAUAGGUGUAUUGUUGGUCAUAAUCAUAGCUAUAGUAAUAAAACAAAUAAGGUAAAGUUGUAAAUGUGUGCCGUCUGCAGUCUGUUGCCUACUGUCUAUUUUCAUGUUAUUUACGUGAGUAGGCGCCACAUUGAAAUGUAUACCGCCUCAGAGUCAACUAAAGUAACUAACUAAGGUAGCUUAUACAAAAUAUAUGGAAAAAAACAACACUUUAGUGACAAGACAAAUGAAAUAGUCAAAACAUGAAAAUUGGUUCAACCAUUCUUGAAUCUUUGAUUAAUUCAUAAAGAUAUAAAAUACAUAAUUAUGCUUAAUAAAUUAUAAUUUUAAUAAAAGA